CCUGCCGGGGGUGGAUUUCUCCUGGACAAGCCAAUGAACGGGAGCUCAUUUAUUUAUGUAUGUGGCUAGGAGGAAACUUGCUCCACAGUUUCCCCACCUCUUCCUGCAAAACGUUAGCUCUCUUUUGCACCAAUCACUUCGGGUCCCGAAUGAAAAGAAGCGAGUGGCAGCGGAGCCGGGGUGUUCAAAGUGCUGUUCUGAACAUCACUCCCUGGCUCUGCUGCACAUCAUAAAUAAUCGCUCUCACCUCAUCUGAGCUACGGAGGGAAAAGCCGGCUGCCCGCGCCUGCCUUCAGCAAACCUAAGGUGCUCUUUCGGAGAGGCAGGACUGAGCUCCCUGUUAAUGACUGACAUCAUCGAGGAAAUAGCUUGCUCGCUUUUUUGGCUGCAUUCCCCCCAACACGCACACACAGCUGCGGCAGUAUCUUGAUGGGAAAGCUGAUCUCCAAAGGCUGGCGGAAAAGAGAUGCUCGAGUUAUCAUGCUGGGGCUCGACUUCGCUGGCAAAUCCACGCUUCUGUACAAACUAAAGAGCGGCCGGGCUGUGGAGACCUGCCCCACGGUGGGAUUCAACGUGGAGUCUCUGAAAACGCCCUGUGGCAUAUCCUUCACCCUCUGGGAUGUCGGCGGACAAGAGAGCCUGCGGGCCAGCUGGCCGAACUACCUGGAGGACAUCGACGCCCUCAUCUUCGUGCUCGACAGCGCGGACGCGGCCCGGCUGGCCGAAGCGACGGCAGAGCUGGAGGAGGCCCUGAGCCAGCCCGGCAUGGCCGGAGUCCCUGUGCUCCUCCUGGCCAACAAGCAGGACGCGCCGGGAGCGCUGGCGCCUGCCGAGCUGGGGGAGAUGCUGCGGCUGGGGCGGCUGGCAGGGCACCGCUGGAUGCUGCGGGGGUGCAGCGCCCACACUGGCCACGGCCUGCAGGAGGUCCUGGCCAUCCUGGGAAUACUGCUGCGGGGCUCGGAGCAGAGCUCCCUGUCCCAGGAGCAGCCCAUCACGGGGCUGGCAGAGAGGAGGCAAGCUCCAGAGCAAACCUGAGCCUCACACGGUCCCUUCCCGCUCACUGCUGCCGGAGGGUUUGUCACGGAGGAUUCCAGCCUCCAGGCACUCCCUACAAGGAGCAGAGCUGCAGCUGGCACACGCUGUGAAACACCCAGCUCCUCACCGCCAAAACCCACCGGGAGGGUCUCUGAGCGAAUCUUCCAUCGUGGGGCAGUUUUGGCCGCAUCUCUUGGACUCUCAUCUUGGCUGCUUGUCCCACUGUCACCAUGUUCCACUCAUCCACUGCGCUUGUGUGUCCAGAGGUUCAGCAAGAACGCUUUGGAACACUUUGGAAUUGUAACAGAGAUGGGUGCAAGGGACAGACGUUUUCUUCCUUCUGCAGCUCCCAGUCCAGAUGCAUCUAUCCAGAUGGGGUGAUCUCCACAUGGGGGGAGCUUGGAUGUGCCCGUGCUGCCUCUCAGCACAAAUCACACGCUCAGGAGUUCAAAUGGCCAAGCAGCUGCUUGGUUUUAGUGUGGCAUCUACAGGUAUAAUAAUCUCCAAGCCAUGGAAGCAAGCUGGGAUUUAAUGGUGUAAUGCAGUUUAAGGAUGUGUGUACAUUAAUGCAUGCAUUUCUUCCAAUGGUUCUUUCUCCAUUCAUCAUUUUUAUCAAAGAAUUAUUUCAUGAAAAUGGUCCCCCGUUUUCCUUGGAUUAUAUUUAAAUAAGAAGAAUUUAUUAUAUACUAUUAAAAAUAUGUUUCUUUAAAUAUAAAGAAAUCAGACCUGGCUUUUAAGAUGCUUGGAAAUACGUCUCCAUGGCCAGUCUGCCUCUGAAUAUCCUCGUGGUGGCCUGAACAGCCAAGACAAAACCCUGCCUCUCAGACUUUUGAAACUGCAUGGGACCACUCCACAUGCAUUUGUUGGCAACCACAGGCACCAUGGGCACAGGCAGGUUGGUGGCCAAAGGUCUCUCCACUCCCAGCUGUGUCCAGGGCAAAUGAAAACAACCCUGGCAGCUCAGAACAGGACCAGGUCCCAUGUGGCAGUGAUGGUCUUUGUCCAAUCCUGCUGAACCUACCAUUGAAAAGACCUAUGAAGGGUGUGCCUGGGGGCUUCCUGCAUCCAAGAUUCUGUUAUCCAGAGUUAAAAUUAAAAUAUUUCAUAGUAGUCCCUGCUUCAUUAUGAAAUGAAUGGGGGAAGAGGAGAGAUAGGAUACAAAUUUUUUAUUCCUAUUUUCCAUUUCUGUUUCUAUUCAGAAAUCAGCUGCUUUCAAGGAACAGCAUACUGAGCUUAGAAAUACCAAGGAGAAAUACAUGGCAAAAUCCUCAUCUGCUCAUACCAGAGCAUUUUACAGUUGUUAAAGAACUAAUUGUCCAGCUGUUACUGGUGCUGUUAUUAGCCUCAAUUCUUAGAAGGCAGCAGCUGGAAUAGAAAGCUCAGUCACAAAGAAACAGUAUCAGUCAUUUAUAAGAAAGUCUCAAUAAAAGAAUCCUUCCCAACUGUUUUUAGCUGCAUUAAUAUAGAACUACUACGAGCUAUAAAACAGUGCUGCAGCAUUGAUGUGGCCUAAGCAAUCACAGUUAGGAGUGUAUUUAAA